AGUAAAUGUUAAGGUACCUCGUCAGAUGUGGGUAACUGCUUCGUGUGGAGGUCGUGUUUCAACAAUAGAUAUUUAAGCGGUUCUUUUUUCAGCACUAAAAACGCUAGCUCGUUUCCUUCAGCAGCUUGCCACAAACCUAAAGGUGCUAAAGUUGAUGUACCAUCGCGACCUCUCUGAGUAACUGCUUUGACAACUCAUCUACAACAUUACUGAUGGCUCACCUAUAAGGCUUAUUGGCAUUCAGUUUUACAUUACUUUGGCAGUUUCUGCCACUGUAACGGUGAUUUAUUUUACAUUCUCUAAUGUGGCAGGGGUAUGGCAGAGCUGCAGAAAAAGGGAGAACCGUUGCCCGAAGAUGUUGAUACAGAUGACUGUCUGACUUCAUACACACACAUCUACAGUCCAAAUUUACUAAAGGAUCAGGUUGCUUUUAUCACGGGUGGUGGAUCUGGAAUUGGACUCAGGAUAGCUGAAAUCUUCAUGAGGCAUGGCUGUGACACAGUGAUUGCCAGCAGGAACUUGGACAAGCUCAAAGAGGCAGCUAAAAAGCUGUCUGCUGUGUCAGGACGCCGCUGUCUCCCUUUGUGUAUGGAUGUGAGGAAGCCUGAGAGCAUUGCAGCAGCUGUGGAUGAGACACUGAGAGAGUUGGGCCGUAUAGAUAUCCUUAUUAACAAUGCUGCUGGAAACUUCCUCUGCCCGGCUACCUCACUCUCCUUCAAUGCCUUCAAGACAGUAAUGGAGAUAGACACUAUGGGUACAUUCAACACCAGCAAAGUGGUUUAUGAGAAGUGGUUCAAGGAUCAUGGUGGCAACAUAGUGAACAUCUCUGCAACACUUGGAUACAAGGGGCAGGUCCUCCAGGUGCAUGCAGGCUCUGCUAAGGCUGCAAAUGAUGCUAUGACCAAGCACCUGGCUGUGGAGUGGGGCCCCAGUGGGGUGAGAGUCAAUGCUGUGGCUCCAGGUCCUAUCUCUGGCACAGAGGGAUUCCGCAGACUGGGUGGCCCUAUAGGGGAGGCUGCUGGUGCCCUCCAGUCUAUUCCUUUGCAGCGAGCAGGCAACAAGACAGAGAUGGCCCACUGCACUCUUUUCUUGGCCAGCCCGGCAUCCUCAUAUGUGACUGGAGCCAUCCUGGUGGCGGAUGGUGGGGCGUGGUUGACCUCAGCCAAUGACAUCUCCAUGCUGUUGGGUAUAGCCUCCUCUAAAUCCGCUAAACUGUGAAUAGGGGCUCUCCUGUCCUCCUCCUGACCCAGGUUAUUGGUCAUCUGAAAAGAAAUGAAACAAGUUAAUGCUUAAAACGAGGAAUUUAUGGGCCGUCUACAGUACUGAUGUGCUAAAUAUACAGUGUUUGUGGUGUAUCUCAACCACUGCUGUCUGAAGAGUGUAUUGAUAAGUGGCUGUAGGAGUUGAAAACUAACAUAGUAUACCUACUGUAUUAUAUGUGUUUACAAUCUUAGUAGUGGAUAACAUAUAUAACAAUUCAGGGAUUUUUUCACUCACUACAGUGCUGUUUAAAAUGAUCAUGCAUUUCAUGCACAGUCAUGUUUAUCACAUGCCAUUUCAUGUGGUUUUCCAGUACCUCUCAGUUAUUAACAUUAAAUAAUUGGUUAAUAAUGUC